AUGGCCAUUCUGUCCCUAACUGUCCCACUGACUGUCCUUGGAUCUCGACAGGGACGACAUGUGAAGACGGGACAGCUGGCUGCUAUCAAGGUCAUGGACGUGACAGAGGUAAGACGGCCACUUCCUGGUUCCUGUCUCCAUCCCGCCACACAGACAUAUGCAGGGAGGGCCACGGCCGUGCGACUGCCACUCUGCCGAGUCAAAGGGGCAAGGAGGGGCUUCACACUCAGAUCAGUUUACCUUCAAAGACAGUGUUUUAUUUAAGAAAUGCAAAUGAGACCCAGUUAACACACACCAAAGGUUAUUAUAUCCUGAGCUGUCAAUCAGCAGGUGAGAACACUGGGAGCCAUGUUUGUUCAGGGAAAGUUUAAUCAUCUCGUUCCCCUCAGGGCAAUAAAGCUACCUGGUGAUGAGACUAUGUACUGUAUAGAAACUGAUUGAGUUGGCCCUCCUGGCCCUCUACAAGAACAAAGAGGAGUGUUAUUACAAUAGCGCAAAGUGUACAUGGCCAAAGAUUUAAUUAAAUCCUUCUUCUUUUUUUUGUUGCUUUGAGGUACAUUUUAAACUAAGAUCUGAGCAAGGAUCAACAGUGUCAGUCUCUGCAGUGCAAUCUGAAAUUAUGUAUAGAGUGACUGAAGUUCAACACCGCACUUAUUAUUUUCUCAAUAGAGAAUAUAAGACACAGUUAAUCAAUACGGCACAGUUUCAAAUGUAUCAUCAUAAAAACAUACCAUUAAAACUGAUAUUAAGUUCUCCAAUAUCUGUGUUUUGAUCUUGCUUUUUAUUAGAUCAGCCUUGAAUUGCUGGCUGAUAUUAAAGGUGUUGUAUUGGCCUAACACGUAAAGAAUGUCUGAGGUGCCUAGAUGAGUUUAAAAGGCCCAGUAUUGAACCCCAGAGAGUAAAAGCAGAGGAGAUAACACCGCCGCUCCAGGCUCUCGGACAAUAAUCUCUCUCUUCUCAGCACACAAAUGCCUUUGCCCUUUUCCUGUCCAUCUUGUAUUGUCGAUCUGCCCAGGGCGAUAAUAGCAGGACAUUUCCUGUAGGACUGAAUGGCCCCUCGCUGAAGGCCCAGGCCCAGGCUUCCUCCUCUCCGCUCCAACACAUCCCUCCGACAGUCACAUAACUUAACCCCCCCCAUCCCCUACCCUCACCCUCGCUCCCCUUCCCUCACUCCCCCUCCAUUAGCCCCUGCUCCUCAGGCUGCCUGGCCCCAGACCCAGGGCCCAGCCGCGGUCCCGGUCACUCGCCUCGACCCCUCUUGGGGAUUGAGACAUUGUCCUGUACAGAGAGCAGCUGUGCCGGGUCCUUUCCGAGCAGGAAUGUCCUCUCCUCUUCCUGGUUUGAUUUAAAGGGAAAGGAAGGUUCAGUGAAGGCAUGUGGUUGUCUCCCUUUCCAGUACAGAAAGGUACCAUUCUUUAAGAGAGGUCAAAUGCCUGUCUUGAAUGGAGCUGCUGUUUCUCUCGGGGUCAGGAGACAGGAGCAGGGAGGCUGUAGGUAAGGCGAGAAUAGAGAGAAAUACUGCCUGAUGUCCCCAUUUAAACCUCUUCUGUUAUACUGCUAUCGUUUAGGGAAAAGUUCAUUCCCACUCAUAUUAUUAUAUAGGAGGCUAUUUCGGAUGUGUACUUGUAAAAUAUGUGUACUGGCAGAAAACAACACAUGUAUUAUUGUGUUAUUAUUUUGGGGAGCUCAGUAUCAUUAUUAAACCACACAACCUAUCAGCCCCUGUAAAUCAAAUCAAAGUCUCUCCCGAGUGGCGCAGUGGUCUAAGGCACUGCAUCGCAGUGCUAGCUGUGCCACUAGAGAUCCUGGUUCGAAUCCAGGCUCUGUCGUAGCCGGCCGCGACCGGGAGACCCAUGGGGCGGCGCACAAUUGGCCCAGCGUCGUCCAGGGUAGGGGAGGGAAUGGCCGGCAAGGGAUGUAGCUCAGUUGGUAGAGCAUGGCGUUUGCAACGCCAGGGUUGUGGGUUCGAUAAAAUAAUGUAUGUGCUAACUGUAAGUCGCUCUGGAUAAGAGCGUCUGCUAAAUGACUAAAAUGUAAUGUAAAGUCUAAUUGGUCAUAUGCACAAGAUACACUGUAAACAAAUCCUUUACAGGAUUUUUUGGAAUGAACUAGUCUACCAAAUCAAGCACAUUAGGUUGAAUUUCUAAGAUACAUUCUGGGCAGUAGCUAAGGGAUGUUGUGGUUUUCCUGUCCAGAAAGACAGUGUCAUGUUACAGUCCAUUGACUAUAGGCCUACUACUGUAUGAAAAACCCAGGGAAUAGAAACGCAACGCAUAAAGAAGUGUCAUGCUUUUCCAAGGCUUCACACACAAACAAAUCCCCUUCAGGCCCCUCUGACACACACUACGGCUUCUUAAAGAGAAGCUGUCUGUUUCUAUCUCCACGCCAAAGACAUGCUACGCUACAUGAGCCCUCCCUUAGCCUUACUUAGGGUAUAUCAGUGGAGUGUAUGUGAAGGAACAAAUCAACGUAGCCUUAGUGCCCCAUGCAAUGUAAAUAUGAAUGCUAAAAUGGACUCCAAGCCCACAUGCCAUAAUUGGUAGAGACUGAGCCAGUGAUGAAAUCAUCACUGCUGUUGAUUGCAAUGCGUGUUGGCAGGCUUGUGGGUCACCAGUAUGGCGAGCCCAGCACAAAUCCACCAUCUCAGUUUAACUUGAAUGUUGGCUUAAAAGUAAACUGUAACUGUUAUGUGCAUGGGCAGCAAGAGUUUUGGGUUGGCUGCAUUACGGCCUGCUGUUUUCCAUUGUCAAGUUUGAUAUUAAAAAUGUUUAAUAUCCUUUUUUGUUUUGCAGGAAGAAGAAGAAGAAAUCAAGUUAGAGAUUAAUAUGUUGAAGACAUAUUCCCAUCAUAGAAAUAUAGCUACAUACUAUGGUGCCUUUGUGAAGAAGAGUCCUGCAGGUCAGGAUGACCAGCUCUGGGUGAGUGGCUGCUCUCCAUCUCUGUUGAUUUCUCCUCACUUCAAUCAUCUCAAUAAUGUAUCAUCUUUAAGAGGGCCUGUAUCGCUAUCUAUAUGUAUGUACAGCUCAUACAGAUUCUUUAGGUUAGUAUGCACCAGUGGAGGCUGCUGAGGGGAGGAUGGCUCAUAAUAAUAUCUGGAACAGAAGUAAUGGAAUGGCAUCAAGCACAUGGAAACCAUGUGUUUGAUGUAUUUGAUACCAUUCCACUAAUUCCGCUCCAGCCAUUACCUUGAGCCCAUCCUCCCCAAUUAAGGUGCCACCAACCUCCUGUGGUAUGCACCAAAAAACAUGGUCGCAGAAUGCAUAACCAGGGCCAGGUGUUUUUCCUGACACCGUGACCUGAUCAGGGAAACCUCAGAGCCCUUUAACUCAUCUAAAGUCCAAGUUGUAUCUGUGCCUUUCCUUGUGUGCUGUAUUUGAUGUGUUUUUAGACCUAGCAGUUGUAGUAACAGGGUGCUGUUCUGCUGGUGGGCUGGCAUCUGUCUGAGCCAUUUCCUCUGUGUCUGUGUGUGACCUUGCUGUGUAGCUGGUGAUGGAGUACUGUGGGGCGGGCUCAGUCACUGACCUAGUGAAGAAGACUAAAGGGAACUGCCUGAAAGAAGACUGGAUCGCCUACAUCUGCAGGGAGGUCCUCCGAGUGAGUACUGCUACUGGAGAUAAGCCAUUUAAGUAGGACUCACGCCACAAACCCCUGGGGAAAUGUAAAGGUCCUGAGAAUCACUUCAGAGAGCUCUUCUCAUCCUAUAUCCGCCAUAUUGUAGUGGGUACGUUAUUGAAUUGGGCUAGGAGCUUUUGCUUAUAAACUUAUGGUAGGACAGUAAUGGAGGGUUAGACGAUGGCCCACAGGGGCAGAUAGCAGCGUAGCACGGUGAAGUCAUUGUCUUAAAUAAAACAAACUUCAUGCGUUUAUUUUUAACUCCUUUGAAGCAGUGUAUGAUUUCUGUGCCUGUUCUGUUGGACAGCUCCCAAGCCCCAAGAGAGAGAGAGGUCAUGUAAUGUGUACACUGUGUGCGUGCCUGUGUCGUGUUCUGAUAUUGUGUGUGUUUUUGUGUGUGUGUCUACACAGGGCCUGUCUCACCUCCACUCAUACCACGUCAUUCACAGAGACAUCAAAGGCCAGAACGUGCUGCUGACUGAGAACGCAGAGGUCAAGCUGGGUAAGGACUAGGAGACAGGGUCAAAGUUCAACUCACAACCCACAUAGCCACAGUUGGCCAUUUCAAAAGGAUGUGUCACUGUCACUUCAGUAUUGACUUGCUCUCCUCUUGUAGGUGUGGUUUAAUCUGUUCAAACACUGUAUCUUGUCUUUGCCAGUUGACUUUGGGGUGAGUGCUCAGCUGGACAGGACGGUUGGGAAGAGGAACACUUUUAUUGGGACUCCGUACUGGAUGGCCCCUGAAGUCAUUGCUUGUGACGAGAACCCAGACUCUACUUAUGACUACAGGGUAAGAGGCUGCCAUUUCUCCUGGAAAUGCUGUUUGUGUGUGUGUGCGUGUGUGUGUGUUAGAGUUCUCAUUCUGAGCACAAACCCGACGGGGCCCGACAGCCUGGUCUUAUGCCUCAAAUUCUGUUAAUUGAUUCUGGCAGGUUUCAGUCUUGCCAUACUGUUUUAAGAGAAAAAAAACGGUGCGUAUCUGCGCACCUUUUAGCCUUCUACAGCUCUCUCUCAGCCGCAGCAGCUGCAGACACUCGCGGUGCCAGGAUUCCAAUAUUGGCUGGGCCAGAGAAAUUUGUGACCAUGAUGAAACUUAAUUUUCUGAUGAUUUACAUUUUUCAAAUUGCGAUACGAAUAGGCUGGAGUGCACUCGGUAGAAUGAUGAUCCACAAGAAUACGACAGGCAUCGCAUCUGAGUAUCAGGGAGAAGCCCAUGUUCCAAUAGCAUCUGUUAACGCUGAUACAUCCUAACAAAAUACACCCUCUGACUGCCCUGCUAAUGUGCCUUGCUGGACCUUGUAAACUAUCGAAAGUAGACCCAUAACUGAUCCAAAUAUUUUCCUAAUCAAGCAUGCAUUCAAAACACGGCGCUUUUGAGCGAUUAUUCAAAUGGGUGUUUGGCAGAAAAUCUAGUUUUAUUUAUUGUUUAAUGAUUCAAGGCUCCCUUUGUUAUUCAAUAAAAAAAUGUAAAUGCUUGAUUGUAUUUAAAGGCAUGAAUGACUCGUAUGCUGUGUAAUGACAUGAAUGAAUGAUUGAUUAUAUUGAAGUAUGCUAAGUUACGUUAAGGCAAAUAAAAAAGGAGGCGCUCUCACAGCUGGAUGGUGGAUAGAUUAUAUAAGGCUAUUACGUGAGUCAAGAGCAAAAUAAUACACUUGAUUUAGGAUACAUUAUUGCAUUCUAAAUGUUUCUGAUCAGUGAUAGAUGAGCAAAUUAAUAAAUGAGUUACCACCUCCACUUGCCCAGCCAGAGAUCAAUUAACCAAAUAUACAGACGGAGAUUCAGUAAAACAAAAUUACAUUGAUUCAUUAUCAGACAAGUCACGGGCUUGGGAGUAGGACAGGCUACUACGCGACUGAAGGGAAAAAUCAACUUGAUAAGCUACAUAACAUGCUAGCAAAAUCUUCCUAUCAGCUGAUAUAUGAGCAAACUAGAAUAAAGAUGAUCAUGAGCACUCACCUUAACUUAACUAUUAUUUUCCCAGCCUAAUUGUUACCAAAUAUCCAAACAAGAUUCAGUGAAAACUAAAAUCUGACAUUGAUUGAUUUAUCAAGAUGAGUCCCCACGCUUGUCUGUUGAGUGGAUCUGACUGGAUGACUCUCCUCCUCUAUAGAGUGACCUGUGGUCUCUGGGAAUCACAGCUCUGGAGAUGGCUGAAGGAGCACCACGUAAGUGUCACCUUCUCCCUCCCCUCCUGUCCAUACACAUUACAGUCUCAUCAAGCAAUCUUCUCUUUCUCCUCCACAUCUUAGAGUUGGAGGGUAUUUUUGGAGACCCUGGCUAAUAUGCUCUACUGUAAUUAUAUGGUUUAUUUUCUUUUAAAGGGAUACUUCAGGAUUUUGGCAAUGAAGACAACAUAUCUACUUCCCUAGAGUGAGAUGAACUCGUGGAUACAAUUUGUAUGUCUGCGUGCAGUUUGAAGGAAGUUGCUAACUAGUUAGCAUUGGCUCGAGAAACUACCUCUAACUUCCUUCAUACUGGAUGCAGAAACAUAGAAAUGGUAUCCAUGAGUUCAUCUGACUCUGGGGAAGUAGAUAAAGGGCCAUUGCCAAAAUCCUGAAGUAUCCCUUUAAGCAUAUCCUAUGUUAUUAUGCUGUAUUUUUUUUGAGUUUUGUUGGAUUAACUCACUGUAUGUUUUCAUUCUCUCUCUGUGAGUGACUUCACAGUGUUGUCAGAUGUUGCGGCCCAUAUUACCAGUCACGGACUGAAUCCAAGUGUCGUUGAAAGUGAUUGGGCUCACAAUGAUGUGACUGAGGUCAGACAGUUCUCUAGCGUUUUGAAAUGGAAAACCCUUGAGUCAAAAACCGAGAAACAAAUGAAAGAAACUCAUGACUGUUUGGUGUCUGCUAAGCCUAGUGUUGCACCAUGACCAAGAGGGAGUUCACAAUCACUGAAUGAAAAACAAACAGUGUUGUAGUAGGACUGUGAAGUAUACACACACUACAAGCAGGCCGUGUGCACCAGGACAGGACUAUAGCCUGACAUUGACAACACUGUGGAACACUUCUUCCAUCCCCUGCCAUGUGAUUAGGCCACAAUGGAGCCUCUCAUAACCUCGAUCCCCUGUCUGUCAGCUGCGUUCCAAAUGGCACCCUAUUGUCUACACAGUGCACUACUUUUGACCAAGGCCCAGAGGGUGCCAUUUGGGAUGCAACUAAGUUUCUCUGUCUGUGUCUGUCUCUGUUCCCAGCCCUGUGUGACAUGCAUCCCAUGAGAGCCCUGUUCCUCAUUCCUCGCAACCCGCCCCCCAAGCUCAAAUCAAAGAAAUGGUAAGACAGCUCAGCCUCUCUCGCUUAGAGACACCACGCCCCACAGAGCCUCAGCAACACAGCGAGGAAUGUUUUCCCCAGAGUGGCCAAAACUCAUACAGCCUCCCUUCGCCUUCCUUCGCCCUUCCACCCAGCCCUUUCUCUUGGUUAGCUAGCUCCAAUAACAUUACUGCCAACAGAACUGCCGCAAUACAAUGUCCCUUAUUCACCCCUUAUCUUACCGGUUUUUUUUUUGUGUACUGUAGCAUUAGUUCAGGCUGAGCACAUAUUGUUUAUCAUCAUGUUCCUGGGUGUAAUUUUAGCAUCUCAGUGUGAGAUGACAAUCCCCACAGUAACAGUUUGACUGCAUGCAAGGCUCUAAAAUAAGGCUUUUUAAAGCCAAUGGGAAGGGAAAGUGGAUCAACUUUUGUCUUCCUGUUCACAUGUCUUCAGCAGCCCUACUUUGUUACCUUUCAUAAUGCAUGAAGCCUUGUGUUUGAACCCAUGAAGUUCGAUCAUUCAAUAUUAAGUGAGAGUGAGUUGGGUUCAUGCAUGGCAGACAUUGAGAAUUGAGACUGUAUCUGAAAUGGCACCCUAUUCCCUAUAGCCCAUGACGAUCUGGCCAAAGGUAGGGCACUACAUAGGAGUUAGGGUGUCAUCUCGGACACAGCCUGAGCUUGUAUGUUGUGACCCUCUGUCCUCUCCAGGUCCAAAAAGUUCCUGACCUUUGUGGAGAGCUGUCUGGUAAAAAACUACCUCCACCGUCCCGCCACAGAAACCCUCCUGAGACACUCGUUCAUCAAAGACCUGCCCAACGAACGGCAGGUCCGCAUCAUGCUCAAAGACCACCUGGACAGAACCAGGAAGAAGAGAGACAAAGGUGAGGCCAUGUUGUCAUAAUGGGAUAUCAGAGAUCACCUAGUCUCACUCAACAACUGAGUAUUGCAGUCAAGGCUAUAGAGAUAACUUAAUAUCAUGAUUUAGUGCUGUAUGAUACCUUGCGCUGCUAAUGACCGCGGGGCACCUUUUUGGCCUUGUUAUUCUUAGUCACACUGGCAGCGACAGUGAAAGUGGCAGAAAAAAGGUGUUUUGAUUCUCAAUCUAGUCUCCCAGUUCUCUGUCUACCCUUGUGUUGAAUGUCUCUAGGCCUAGGGAGAGGCUACUGUAUGCCUGUCAUUAAUGAAAGGUUGUGAUAAAGGGUUCCAUUAUCCACUGGUAAUGUGGUGGGAUUUGGGUUUAGAGGCAGCAGCAGGACUGCUCCUUGUCAGCCCUCUCACAGUGAGACUGCACACCCGUGUCAUGUGAGAGGAAUGCGCCUCGGAGGAAGCAGUGUUUAAUCAUCUCCUAGACUGCACCACACCCCCUGCGGCCUCCCUCGCUCCGUCUUCCUCCCCACGCCACAUAAUGACAUCGUCUCCCUGCCUGCCUGCGCCCUCCGAGCCUACAGGCUUCGCCCCGAUACCAAAACAGCAGUUUCCUCGGCCCUGUGCCGUUGGUUUGUUGGUUGGCGUUCUGCUUAGCUGGUCAGACGGAGAGAGAGAUGACCCUUUAGAGCAGAGCCAAGCCUGUAGUGAGACCCUGUGACGCUGAUAGCGGCGGCUCCAAACACAGCAGAAACACUCAGUCAUUAUCCUGUUUUCAUAACCUACUAGAGUUUGACUUGGAAUUAGAAACAUAUACCCAUUCUCUGGGGCCAGCCACACUCUGUCUCUCUCUCUCUCUCUCUCUCGCUCUCUCUCUCUCUCUCUCUCUCUCUCUCUCUCUCUGUCUCUCUCUCUCUCUCCCUCUCUCUCUGUAUCUCUCUCUCUCUCUCUCUCUCUCUCUCUCUCUCUCUCUCUCUCUCUCUCUCUCUCUCUCUCUCUCUGUGUAAUUCACAAUCACUCAUGAGGCUUCAGAAGGAAGAAUGAGCCUUACUUAACAUGCAGAAGUAUUUCGUCAUUUCUGACAAGCAUUUUGGAAUGCAAUCCUAUUGAAGAAAAGGAAGUGAGUGAGACAGUUCAUGACGAGUUUUAGUUCCAUGUGGGUAAACUGCAGGAGACACCUGGAGGGGAGACAUUAGGUUGGUUUACUGAUGCUUGAUGUCUUCCCUGCUCUGUUCUACAGUAUAGAACCAUCUCCUUGUUUUCUCAGUAUAUACAGUCAUGUGCAUGAUGGUAUCAUUGGGAUUACAUGCAUCCCUCAUGUCUGAAAUAUUCACUGGUCACAUGUUGUCCACAGAGGGCCCAGAGUAUGAGUACAGCGGCAGUGAGGAUGAGGAGGAGGAGAUGAACGAAGAGGAAGGUGAACCCAGGUAUGAUGACACAGCGUUUGCACUGUCUGCAGUGAAGGUCAGACUCUAGCUGUGACGUCACGUCUACGUCCAUCAAGCAGCCAGCUGACCCCGUCUGUGACAAGUCCGAGUUUUACAGGUUAUGUAAUAGCUGAUGCAGGCGUUGACCCUGAGAACUGUCAUAGAGGAUAUUCAUCUGAGAGUGCACAGUGUGUGAAUGCAUCGGCGCGUCCAUGAAGACAUUAAUGUGUCACCAGAUGCUCCUGCUUGUGUUCCCUUAGCUGGACACAGGGCGCCAUAUGGCAGUGACUAUAAAAAAUAAUUUUCUUUUCUGCUGUGGACAGUAUGUGUGUGUGUGUGUGUGUGUGUUUGCACGUGUGUAUGCGUGAGUGCGUGCAUGCUUGUGUGCAUGUGCAUGCAAGUGUUCCUUCCUGUGUGUAACUCUACUCCUAUCCAUAUAACCACGUGCCUCCUCACUCCUGCCCGUCACUCACUAUGUGCCUUGCUACCAUUUCUGUCCUUUCUCCAUAGCUCCAUAGUAAACCUACCGGGGGAGUCCACUCUAAGGAGAGAGUUCCUGCGUCUGCAGCAGGAGAACAAGAGCCGGUCAGAAGCCCAGCGACAGCAGCAGGUCCUCCAGCAACAGCUCCUGGACCAGGAGAGGUACAAACAGCAGCUGCUGGCCGAGAGGCAGAAGAGGAUCCAACAACAGAAAGAGCACCGCAGGAGGCUGGAGGAUGUGAGAGACACUCUUUAGUUGAACCACUCUGCUGCUCUCUGCAGCCCUCUCCAGCAGAGCAGCAGAGCCAAACACCUGCUGCCCAGCCAGCAAAUGAGCUUGGCUGGCUAGAGACUGAAGGGCUCUCUCUUUCGCUCUCUCCCUCCUGUUGUUUGUUUGGCUCAAAUUAGAAGAACUCUUUUGUGUUGAACAAACCAAAGAAUUGUGUUCUAGAACAAUAUAGAGUAUUAUACUGUGGAUUGCUUUCGGGAGUGAUGCUUUUGUGUGGUGUGCUUUGCACAAAUGACGACUGACGUGAUACUGUAUGUCGUAUUAGGUCUGAGUAUAGAGCUAUGGUGUGUUCUGUAGUGUUUUUGUUUGUACAGUACAGAUGGAUAGAGAAUUAUGUCAUGUGCCGUGUUGGACUGUGAUGUCGCAUUGAGAAUUGGCAGAGAAAAUAUAUUCUGUUGAAUGAGGUAAUACCAUCUUUAGUGACGUUGUGUUGUUGUUGUGUUACAGCAACAGAGGAGACAGCUGCAGGAUUCUGGGGUCCAAUGGCCAGAGCUACAGGAGAUGCUAUGGAGGGAGGAGACUGAAGCUAAUGAGAGAGGUCUAUUCAAUGAGAGAAGCAAGCGAAGGGACAAGAGACAGGUAGCUGGCAAAUUUUAUCCCCCAGAAAGAACACAAUGUUUUAAGUAGUAGACUGCCUACCCUACCCACUCAAUUCUUAUCCACUCGUAUGGCUCCAUGGGAUAGGCAGAAACCAAACUAGUUUGUGCUGAUUUGAUGGUCUUUUGUGCCCGAUACCUGAGGAGGAUUAUAAAUAUUUAGAUUAUUGUGUAAUAACACUGUACUUUACAAGCUACUACAAGCUGUAAGUUCCUGGAGUUCAAACGGCAUUAUCAUGGGCCAAUAUGAUCUAGAUUCUACAGUCUCGGUAGACAUUUUUGGUCCACACAUAAUGUGUGUCUUAAGUCUGAACAUGUUAACCUGGUUGAGCAUCAUAACACAUAACACUGUAGUUUUCACUGGGACGGGACCCACUUUGUUUUGUCAGUAACCUGCUCUGAAAAAUGCAUUGUGACAAGGUUAAUGCAUUUUUAAUCCAGGUGCAAGUUAACAUUUUAUACAUGUUCCUCUACAAAAACUGCUUAUAUGCAUUUGAUAUGAAGGGUGUUGACGCAGCACUUGCACUUGUCUCAGGUUUCAGCCCAUUGGUGAUUAAAUCCACCAAGCUAGCAUUUAACUCCACUGAUGAAGUUAGAAACGCUAUGGAAGAUCGCAGAAAUAAAUUGCCUGUGGGACCAUCCUGAGAGAAAAUAAUUAAACGUCUCUUACUUUUUUAUGCUGUAUUAACAUUUCCCAUUAUUUGAAGUUGGAGCUAGGCUGAGUGCCAUGGCGAGAAGUCACUGACAAUUACAUCAUCCUAUAGCCAAGGUAAAGGGAACUGUCAUGUCGUUCUGAGGACUUUAAUUAGACUGUUUAAUUCGAACACUCGGUUAAUUAAUCUCACACAGUUCAGUGGCUCUGAAUGAGCCACACCUGCCUGCCUGACUGCAGUGCAGUACAGUAGAUGACAUGUCAGUCUGUGUGUGUCUGUUACGGUCAUGUUCAGUGGGAUCAUUAAGGUGUGCAGUGGUUUUGAGUCUGUUCAAUGUACCAUUAGCUGAGCAAUAGCCCACAAAUCAUUCUCCAGGAUGUAUACAGUAUGGGUACAUUCCAAAUGGCACCAUAUUCCCUAUUCCCAUCCACAUCGACGCGGCCGCAGUGGAGAGGGUCAAGAGCUUUAAGUUCCUCUGUGUCCACAUCACUGAGGACUGAUCAUGGUCCUCUCACACCAGCACAGUCGUGAAGAAAGUAAGACAGAGCCUCUUCUCCUUCAGGAGGCUGAAACAAUUUGGCACGGCCCCUCAGAUCCUUAGGAACUUUUACAGCUGCACCAUCGAGAGCAUCCUGACUGGUUACAAAGGGUGGUGCGGAUGGCCCAGCGCAUCACUGGGGGUGAGCUCCCAGCCAUCCAGGAUGUACAUGCCAGGCGGUGUCUGAGAAAGGCCCGAAAAAUCUCCGAAGACUCCAGCCACCCGAGAUAAGGACUGUUCUCCAUGCUACCGUCCGGCAGGCGGUACUAGUGCAUCAAGGCUCAGACCAACAGACUCCUUAACAGCUUCUAUCCCCUGGCCAUAAGACUGUUAAAUGGCUAACAACUACUGCUCCCCCUCACACCUACGCUGCUACUAAAUUGAUUAUUGAUUAGAUGUAUUACUACCACUACGCUGCUUUUCAUUGAUUAUUGAUUGCCAUUACCAUUAGUGUCUAUCUAUUUAUCCUGCUACUGGUCACUAUUACUCCUGUUUACAUGUACUGUAUAUAUUACUACUAGUAUAUUACCAUAAGUAUGUGUAUAUUCCUGCUACCAGUCACUUUUCAGCCCUGUUUACAUGUAUAUCCGCCUAUCACACCUACACUAUCACUAUGGCACACACACUCUGUCUCGAUCGUUGAGAGACGGGUCAGACCAAGGUGCAGCGUGGUAUGCGAACAUGUUUAUUAAACUCAAUAAACAUAAACAAACCAAGAAACAACGUAACGUGAAGUCCUCAGGCUAUACACAUACAAGCCUAAACACGGAACAAGAUCCCACAACCCAGGCAGGAAAACUGGCUGCCUAAGUAUGAUCCCCAAUCAGAGACAACGAGCGACAGCUGCCUCUGAUUGGGAACCACACCCGGCCAAACAUAGACUUACAAUACAUAGAUUCUCACAACCUGACCAAACUACCUAGAGAAUAACAGUCUCUCCAGGUCAGGGCGUGACACACACACACACUAACACUUACAUACACACACUCACCACCAUGCAAACACCCACCCACCACUUAUGUUGCUGCAAUACUGUUUACUAUUAUUAUUAAUACUGCUACCAGUCACUUUACAUGGACAUACUGUAUUACAUUUACAUUUAAGUCAUUUAGCAGAUGCUCUUAUCCAGAGCGACUUACAAAUUGUAUCUACCUCAAAUACUCCAGUAUCCCUGCUCAUUGUAAAUGUGGUAUUGGCACUGAUCCUGUAUAUAGCUUCCUCUCCAAUUUGUUAUUUCUUGUUUUCUUUAUUAUACAGUGCAUUCGGAAAGUAUUCAGACCCCUUGACUUUUUCCACAUUUUGUUACGUUACAGCCUUAUUCUAAAAUGGAUUAAAUUAAUGUUUUCCUCAUCAAUCUAAACACAAUAUCCCAUAUUGACAAAGUGAAAACAGGUUUUUAAACAUUUUUGCAAAUGGGUGGUCCUCUGUAGCUCAAUUGGUAGAGCAUGGCGCUUGUAAUGCCAGGGUAGUGGGUUCGAUCCCCGGGACCACCCAUACGUAAAAAUGUAUGCGCACAUGACUGUAAGUCACUUUGGAUAAAAGCGUCUGCUAAAUGGCAUAUUAUUAUUAUUAAAACACGGAAAUACCUUAUUUACAUAAGUAUUCAGACCCUUUGCUAUGAGACUCGAAAUUGAGCUCAGGUGCAUCCUGUUUUCAUUGAUCAACCUUGAGAUGUUUCUACAACUUGAUUGGAGUCCACCUCUGGUAAAUUCAAUUCAUUGGACAUGAUUUGGAAAUGCACACAUCUGUCUAUAUAAGGUCCCACAGUUGACAGUGCAUGUCAGAGCAAAACCCAGGCCAUGAGGUCGAAGGAAUUGUCCGUAGAGCUCCGAGACAGGAUUGUGUCGAGGCACAGACCUGGACAAGGGUACCAAAAAAUGUCUGCAGCAUUGAAGGUCCCCAAGAACCCAGUGGCCUCCAUCGACCUUAAAUGGAACAAAGUUGGAACCACCAAGACUAUUCCUAGAGCUGGCCGCCCGGCCAAACUGAGCAAUCGGGGGAGAAGUGCCUUGGUCAGGGAGGUGACCAAGAACCCGAUGGUCUCUCUGACUGAGCUCUAGAGUUCCUCUGUGGAUAUGGGAGAACCUUCCAGAAGGACAACCAUCUCUGCAGCACUCCACCAAUCAGGCCUUUAUGAUGGAGUGGCCGGAUGGAAGCCACUCCUCAGUAAAAGGCACAUGACUGCCCACUUGGAGUUUGCCAAAAGGCACCUAAAGGACUCUCAGACCAUGAGAAACAAGAUUAUCUUGUCUGAUGAAACCAAAAUUGAACUCUUUGGCCUGAAUGCCAAGCGUCACAUCUGGAGGAAACCGGCACCAUCCCUAAGGUAAAGCAUGGUGGUGGCAGCAUCAUGCUGUGGGGAUGUUUUUCAGCGGCAGGGACUGGGAGACUAGUCAGGAUCAAGGGAAAGAUAAAUAGAGCAAAGUACAGAGAGCUCCUUGAUAAAACCUGCUCCAGAGCGCUCAGGACCUCAGACUGGGGCGAAGGUUCACCUUCCAAAAGGACAACAACCCUAAGCACACAGCCAAGACAACGCAGGAGUGGCUUCUGGACACGUUUCUGAAUGUCCUUGAGUUGCCCAGCCAGAGCCCGGACUUAAACCCGAUCAAACAUCUCUGGAGAGACCUGAAAACAGCUGUGCAGCGACGCUCCCCAUCCAACCUGACAGAGCUUUAGAGGAUCUGCAGAGAAGAAUGGAAGAAACUCCCCAAAUACAGGUGUUUUACAAAAUGUGUAAAAAGUCAAGUGGUCGGAAUACUUUCCGAAAGCACUGUAUAUAAAUUUUUUCUAUAUAUUUUUUAUACUAUUUUGAUAUUGAUUACUGCACUGUUGGGUAGAGCUUGCAAGUUACACUGUAAAACCAUGAAGCAUUUGACACGUUCAUAACCUAAAUGUCAGUGUUUAAAACUUAAACAUUAGGCAUUUAGAUGUGCCAAUAAGUGUUCUCCUCUUAAACUCAGGCGUUUAGAAUGCAAGAUUAAACAUGUAGUCAGCUUUUUCCAGUCAGUUUCCAAUAAGGAGAACACCUAUCUCCAGAUUUUAAACACUUUCCAAUGGUCCUGUUUAGAAUGCAUUUUGUCAUUAGAAAUUGCUGUGACUUUCAAUGCCUUUUAUUCUGAUCAGAUCAACUUACCUACAUUUCAGGACAACUGAACAUGGCAUUUGAUUCAAUAAAUAUUUUCAAUCGCGUGGUGUUGUUGUUACUCAACUGUGUUGAGUUAAUUUCCGGUAACUCUCUCAAAGUGAAAAAGAUGUGGGAGGGGCUGCAUUAUCAUAUUUCCCAGCAUGCUUUGUUGCAGGUUGUUUUUUAGAAUAGUUUGUUUUAAUAUCUAGGUUUCCUCAUGCACAUUGAUUGAUUAAUUGAUUUUAUACUAUACAAAGAUAAAUGAGCUCUGCAGCAGGCAGCUGAGUCACAGAGACAGAACAGCAUGCCAGUUGUAGGUAGGCUACAGUGCCUUGCAAAAGUAUUCAUCCCCCUUGACAUUUUUCCUAUUUUGUUGCAUUACAACCUGUAAUUUAAAUUGAUUUUUAUUUGGAUUUCAUGUAAUGGACAUACACAAAAUAGUCCAAAUUGGUGAAGUGAAAUGAAAAAAAUUACUUGUUUCAAACAAUUCACAAAAAUUAAUACCGGAAAAGUGGUGCGUGCAUAUAUAUUCACCCCCUUUGCUAUUAAGCCCCUAAAUAAGAUCUGGUUCAACCAAUUACCUUCAGAACUCACAUAAUUAGUUAAAUAAAGUCCACCUGUGUGCAAUCUAAGUGUCACAUGAUCUGUCACAUGAUCUCAGAAUAUAUACACCUGUUCUGAAAGGCCCCAGAGUCUGCAACACCACUAAGCAAGGGGAACCACCAAGCAAGCGGCACCAUGAAGACAAAGGAGCUCUCCAAACAGGUCAGGGACAAAGUUGUGGAGAAGUACAGAUCAGGGUUGGGUUAUAAAAAAAUAUCCGAAACGUUGAACAUCCCAUGGAGCACCAUUAAACCCAUUAUUAAAAAAUUGAAAGAAUAUGGCACCACAACAAACAUGUCAAGAGAGGGCCACCCACCAAAACUCACGGACCAGGCAAGGAGGGCAUUAAUCAGAGAGGCAACAAAGAGACCAAAGAUAACCCUGAAGGAGCUGCAAAGCUCCACAGCGGAGAUUGGAGUAUCUGGCCAUUGCUUACAGAAAAAAAUAAGCAAACACGUUUGUUGUUCGCCAAAAGCCAUGUGGGAGACUCCCCAAACAAAUACUCUGGUCAGAUGAGACUAAAAUUGAGCUUUUUGUCCAUCACGGAAAACGCUAUGUCUGGCGCAAACCCAACGCCUCUCAUCACCCCGAGAACACCAUUUUUCAUCGGCAGGGACUGGGAAACUGGUCAGAAUUGAAGGAAUGAUGGAUGGCGCUAAAUACAGGGAAAUUCUUGAGGGAAACCUGUUUCAGUCUUCCAGAGAUUUGAGACUGGGACGGAGUUUCACCUUCCACCAGGACAAUGACCCUAAGCAUACUGCUAAAGCAACACUCGAGUGGUUUAAGGGGAAACAUUUCAAUGUCUUGGAAUAGUCAAAGCCCAGACCUCAAUCCAAUUGAGAAUCUGUGGUAUGACUUAAAGAUUGCUGUACACCAGCGGAACCCAUCCAACUUGAAGGAGCUGGAGCAGUUUUGCCUUGAAGAAUGGGCAAUAAUCCCAGUGGCUAGAUAUGCCAAGCUUAUAGAGACAUACCCCAAGAGACUUGCAGCUGUAAUUGCUGCAAAAAGUGGCUCUACAAAGUGUUGACUUUUGGGGGGGUGAAUAGUUAUGCACGCUCAAGUUUUCUGUUUUUUUUUGUCUUAUUUCUUGUUUGUUUCACAAUAAAAAAUAUUUUGCAUCUUCAAAGUGGUAGGCAUGUUGUGUAAAUCAAAUGAUACAAACCCCCCAAAAAAUCCAUUUUAAUUCCAGGUUGUAAGGCAACAAAAUAGGAAAAAUGCCAAGGGUGGUGAAUACUUUCGCAAGCCGCUGUAUAUAUCACUUCUCCUCGGGCCUUAUUGUUUAUCAUAGCAGUCAAAACAAGUUAAAUCGAUAUCCGUUGAUGGAAAAGCAUCUGGCGAGUUUAAUAAGAGCAAAAAAUAUUUUAUCUUGCAACAUAUUCUUAACCUCGCAAUAAUUAUUAUUUUGAUGGAAAAACAAAUGUAGCUUCUUAGUUUACAUCAUUACAAAUUACAUCAAUAUUCCUUCUUAAUUUGCUCGAUAAUUUACAUUUACAUUUACAUUUACAUCAUUUAGCAGACGCUCUUAUCCAGAGCGACUUAUGUUAUAGAAAAAGGGUUUAUUGGAUAAAUGUGGCAACAAAAUGUAGGGGCUAGUUUUCAGGCCUUGUGGACGGGUUUUGAGAGAUCAUUGGUAUCGAAAUUUAAGCGAGACCUGGCAACCCUGUGUGCAUGUGACAAUAAAACUUGAACAAUGAACAAUGAACAAUAUAAAACAUAUGCAUGGACAAUUUAACAAACACAUGCAUGGAGCAUGUCAAGAUGCACACAUAGGGUGAAUCCUAAAUGGCACCCUAUUCCCUAUAUAGUGUACUACUUUUGACCACCUCUGAUCAGAAGUAGUACAAUAUAUAGGGAAUAGGGUGCAAUUUGGGAUGCAGCCUAUGUGUGUAUCUUGACGUGCUCCAUGCAUGUGUUUCUCUUGGUGAGAGUGAUGUAGAAGGCAGUUCUAAUGAGUUUAGACAGAAUCCUGGAGAGUGGCCCGGCUACCAAUUUAUUACAGAUGGUCAGUGGCGCUGAUUGCCUGGCUGUGCUGCUCUCUCACCUCCUGUCUGCCUGUCUCAGCUGUAGCUUACAUGGGUUUCUGCUUCCUCAUCCACAAGCAUCCUCAAGCGCAUCUGGAGAUGCAACGUGUACCGUUUAACAUCUAUGAACUAGAACAUGUUUUUAACCCAUUCUGUGUUAACCCAGGGGGGAAGAACUCUCUGCACGCUUUUGAUUCAGCCAUUCACUCUAUCAGGGUCAUUUAGAGUUAUGUGGACACAUUUUUAUGGUUAAAUAUUUUAGAGAGGAGGGUUAAGAGCCUUAUGGAAGCUAGCUAGACACUGAAUAUUUUAGGUUUUUCACCAAGAUUCAGUCAUUGGAUUUCCUAAAUCAGAAACCUUGACGUUAUCAAAUCUUUUUUCUCUCUCUCUCUCUCUCGUUGAAUUGUAGCUGGAGGAUUGUGGCACACAGAGGAUUGAUGUCGGAGGAAGACCUGCAGGUCCUUUAAAUGAACAGGUAAUAACUGCCUUCUGAUUUUUCUCACUCAACCUGCAUGGAACGAAAUGCAUCAAACCGUGCAAUGAAAUCACUCCAAUGUUUAUGAAAGACAUGGGUGGUUAUUGCAUUCAAAUGUUUUGGUGUGAAUGUUGUGCCUUGGUCUAUGGGAAAUAUUAUGACUGGUUCUUCAUGAAACGGCACAUAAUGUGAGAACAUCGGUGUGUCAAGAGGAUCACACUGUAUGUUUGUUGCUGUCAAUGAAGGAGUGGAGAAAAUGGAAUGGUGAAAAAUUCAAUGUUUAGACUACCAUGGCUGAUUUCAAUGUCAAGACCUUGUUGCUAUCUCAGAGUAUGCUAUGGCUCCUGUACCACAGGUCCUGUUAAAUGAUUCCUCUCAUGAUAUCCCACACUUAGCAUGGGUAGCUAAAGGCCACGUUCUCUAAAGGUCUGUUUCCCUAACUUCUAAUGAUGAUAGAUGCUAGGCUAACUGGAAAUACAGUCAACCCUGCGUACUCAAAAGGCAACAUAAAGACUACGAACUGUAAUGUACUGUAGAAGAAAACACUUAAGAACUCUGAAAGGCUCUGUUUGACUUUUAAUCCGCAAGGAGCCUUGUACUAAAAGGCGUCAUUUGCUUUAAAAGGCAUCGACUUUAAAGUUGCAUCUAAAGUAAUUCACAGGAGGAAUCCUAUUUAGGCACAAUGGAUUGUAACUGCUUGAUAUGUGGAUGCAAGUGCAACCCCCUACGGCGAUGUAAAGAAAAAUAUGUUUGAAAAGCAAUGAAAAGGAAUGCUUAGGCUUACAACAAGAAAAAAAAUGUCCACGCUACAGACGACUAUAUCAGUCCGCUAAUACAGGACUAGUAAAGGCUCAGUGCACCACUUUUAUGAGAUUUUAUUUUUUAAAUAUGUAUAUUUUUUAUAGAUAUAUUUGUUAUUUAUUCCGAUUUUUCAGGGGAUGCUGCAGCACCCUCAGCACCCCUACUUCCCGCGGAUAUGGUAGGGCGAAUAAAGCAAUGCAUUCAAGUUGGUUGAGAUCAAACGCAGCCUAUGUGUUUGUCACUUGAGUAUGGAAUCCUGUCUCCUCGUUUGCUUGAGAAGGCCACUGCUGUGCCAAACAGCCGGAACCCUAUUCGAUUAUUUAUGCAUCUAGCUUCACAAUAUCCUCAUUGUAAACAUUAGUCUUGAUCCCCAUGAUAUAAUUCCAUGGCUUGUGUUUAGUCUUUAAAUAGCAUGCAGAGCUUGGAGAAAAAGGCUCUCCUUGCGUUUGUCAACGCUGGUUAAAAGAGAGAGUAAAUGCCUAGUAACAUAAAGGGUUUUUUUUUUCUCAUUUAAUCUGAUUUAGAAAAAAACAUGAAAUGACGGUGAACUCAUCAUAAAUCAUAGAUGAAAAACAUCUAUAUGGGAUUAAAGGUGUUGAAUUGAUUUAGCUCAACUUCUCUUUCUCUCUAUUUAGUGUUCAUGUCAGUGUGACCUUGUAAUCACUUCAUUGAAUCUGAAGUGGAAAAGCAUGACAUACAGUAAACAGUGAGAGAAAUGUCCUUGGUGGUUAACUACAAUAAGAAAUUGAGACUGUAUUUAUGUCUGUUGUGUGUGUGUAUGUGUGCUUGCCUGUGUGCUUCCUGCGGGUGUGUGUUUGGGGCGAGGGCUCUAUGUGUGUGUAUGUGUGUGUGCGUUUUAUGUGUGCUGAUCAUAAAGCCUGGGAGUGCCCCUCCUUAAACAAUACCUCCUCCAGUUCUGACGUCUGGAGAGAGUUUAGCCUCGUUCCAGUUUCAGUUUCAAUGAGAGGCUCCUACAGGGCCUGGGUCUGCUAGCUACAGUAGAGGCUCCAUUGAAAGCAGCUGUUUCCAGGCUGCAGCAUUGGCCACAUGGCCUUGUCAUCUAUCUGUCUUGGGGCAGUACUGCAGGCACGAGAUGAGGCUGCUGAAUGCCAGUGUCCUGUGUUUGUCUCUGUCGUUGUGUAGAGGAGGACCGAGCCUCUACCUCCACUGCCUCAUCCUCACCAGCAGCCCCAGCAUCAUCAGCAGCAGCAGGGGAAAAAGUUCCACCGCACGCUGCCCAAAGACCAAACGCAGCUGCUUUCGCUUCAGCACGACCACAGGCACAAACAGAGGGAGCCCCAGAAGGCUGCUAGUGCCAUGCCUAACUGCCCCGCAAAUAGCCAGUGCAAAGCGGUAAAGUCCCCCUUGUCCCACUCCCCCCUUGUCCCACUCCCCCCGUCUCCCCCAGCCCACCCUCACUACCCGCUGCCUCUCUCUCUCUCUGUCACCGCCCUGUCUGUAUCCCUAUUUGUCUAGUGUUGUGAUUGUUUGCGUUUGUGUUUGUGCAUUAGUGUGCCAGAUAGCUAUUAGUCUCUCAAAGAGAGAUUGCAAGUCUGUUUUGGGUUAUUAGUUCUAAUUCAUAAUCCAGUAUGCAGUAAUAUAGUCUGCCUCCAGUGUCCAUGGGUCUGGUUCUGACUGCUCUUGUCCAUGUUGCUCAGCUGGAGAUGGAGAGGGUGAAGGCCUCUGACUGCUAUCAGGUCAACCUGAACAGAGUGUUGGCUGGUCUGCCCCUUCCCCUACACCCCCUCCCUCCCUCCCUAAACAACCAGACCAGACUGAGCUCCGGGAGCAGCUCCAGCCCCUGUACCCCUGCCUUGCAGAGGGCUGCCAUACAACAGGUACUGUAGCCCACCCCCCAUCCCCCUGCCUAAAUAACCGUACCCUUCCUAACACCGCCAAUCAAUGAAAUCAGUCAAUAUCUUUAUUUGCCCCAGUUUGGAAAAUCAUUUCGCAGCUAGGCAUUCACAAUAUGCAAUAUGGUGUACUUACCAAUACAGUACAUUACAUGUAAUGGCAACAUCAACACCAUCACCAUAUAUACAUAUAUACUUGACAUUGACACAUUGUUAAAACAGCUGCCUAAGAGAUUCAAAGUAAAGGGUUAACUUAGCACACAAGUCAGAAAAUAGGCAUUGCCUCUCUAUAUCAGUAACUGUGAACUUUAGAUAAAACAUCUCUGUAAAUAUCACUCUUUCAAUUUAUUUUGAAGUUAUGAAACGUAUUUCGCAAGACCCUAUUGACUAAUCAAACGUGUGUCAAGGCUUCAACAUAUAUUUUGAUCAUUGCAACAUUUUGAAAUCCCACGUUUUGUACUCUCACAGUUUUUGUCAGCUCUUCUGUUAGAAAGGUAUUAGUCAAGGAUCUAUACAUAUCCUAUGCCAUCUUGUGCUUUGUGGUUGAUUACUUAGUUGUCCUUCCUCUUACUUUACCCAGAAGCCGAAAACUAUUACUUCCUUUUAUUCAUAUUUCCCAACUUGUCUGUCCUACAGUACUCAGAGUCUGUGUCUCAAAUAGUACCCUAUUCCCUUUAUAUUGCAUCCAUAGGGCUCUGCUUGAAAGUAAUGCACUUUAGGGAAUAGGGUGCAACUUGGGACGCGACCAAUGUCUCACUAAAUAAAGUAAUCUAAACCAGAGCCGUAUGAAUAUAUAAAAAAAAUUUAAAUGGCCUGAUCUAAACUAAGUGUCCAUUUCAGAAUGCCAAUCUUCGCUCAAGUCGAGACGCCCCUCAUUGCAGCUCUAUGUCUGACAUGGCCACCAUUCCCAUGUCUCCUAUGUUUGAUGAUGUCUUCUGGGACUUCCAAAGCUCUGUGGAGUGCCCACCAAAGGUCUGUCCAUCUAUCAGUGUGGUGACAUGUGUGUGUAUGUUGUGGUGUGUACACACACAUGUUGUGUACAUACUGUAUAUACACGUGUACAUUUACACAUGUUGUAUGUAUGUGUGGUGAAUGUUUGUAUUUGUGUGGUAUGUGUCUAUCUGUCUGUAUGUGUGUGUGUGUGUGCCUGGUGAGACUAUAACCACAUGUGCGUGGGAUAUUAUCUCUUAGGGGGUUCUGCUGUUGUUGUUUGUUUGAUUAUGUUGAUCAUGCAAGCUUAGAGGAAGUGAAAUGUUCAGCACGAGGUUGGCAGUGCCCUCAGGCUUCCUAUGGCACCCCUGACUAACAGCAAGCACAUUCGAUGAUGUGAUGAUUAUUCAGUGUUUCCAAUAACAAACUCUCACAACAUUUCUGUAGUUCAGGUAUUGGCAACUUUGAUGAGGGUGGGGACCACAAAAAAUCUGAACUCAUCAUGAGGGGCCACAGUGUCUCGCGGGUCAGCGUCUCCACAUACACACCCUCACAUGCAGUCAGAGAUGGCUUUAGCAUUUUGGGGGCCCUAAGCUACAUUUUGUUGGGGGACCCACGCCUCCUUGCAAGCAAAAAAAAAUGUAUGGCCCCCAUAUUGAUAGCGGAGAGAAAACAUUGACGUUUUAGAGUGAAUUUCCUGCAAAGGGUACUGUAGGUCCGCUGGCCGCCAGUAGCCCAUCCGUGCUCUGGUUCCUCUAAUAAGCAUAGAUUUGUAUCCUUAGCAUAUGGAGUUGAUGUGCUUUAAUUGCUUACAAGUUCUCUUGUUCUAUUCAUGUCACAGAAAGAACAAAAAAUGAAACACUUAUGAAACCCAGAGCUGCUAUUAAGCCCUGUUGAAGGCGUGUCAGUAGUUAGAUGGGUAUUUUCAGAAUGACUUCCUCUUUCAAUGGGUGUAGUCUUCCUUUCCACUUGUGUGAUGAUGUGACACAUGAGAGCAAGGUGAAAAGGUUGACAGCUGCUGGGGACCACAUUGAGAAAUUGAAGCAUUAGUCACACAAACACAAGGCCUGAGUGCCUGCUUGACAUAUGUUUCUUCUCAUGUGUUCACCUAAAGUUGGGAUUCUUAGAAUGUAGCUAUAUUGAAAUGAAAUAUCAACUAACUAUAGAAGGUGAUACUGUCCAGGUUGCCUCAUUUGGAUCAGUUUCACAUACUAUAUUGUUUCUGGAGUCCCUACAUAGUAUGCCGUUUUUUGUAAUGUCCUAAUAUGCAGCAUGCUUUGUUUAAGGCAGUCAGGCAUAUACUGUGUCCUCACAUGUCCAAAUUAUAUUUUGAAGGUUCCGGAGCGUACAACAUCGAAAUUCUACUGUAAAGAGCUGAUGAGUCAUCACCGGACUGCGUCGAGGUACGUUUUUCACCACAUCACACAUCCUUCUCAGUGAGCGAGAUCCUACCAGUCACAGGGUGGAUGAUCCAUAGAUCAGCUUUGACAGGCCCCAUGUGCUUAGGGGAUCAAUUCCACUGGCACUCUAUGGACAUUUGAUAUCUCUGUGACAUCAUUUGAAGUAUAGAGUAUAACUUGUGUGUGCCUGAUCCUUGUCACCUCUCCCUCUCUCUCUCUCUCUCUCUCUCGCUCUCUCUCCCUCUCCUGGUUGCCCUUUUCUUGUGGCAACAGGUCACAAAUCUUGUUGCUGUGAUGGCACACUGUGGUAUUUCACCCAAUAGAUAUGGGAGUUUAUCUAAAUUAUUUGUGGGUCUGUGUAAUCUGAGGGAAAUAUGUGUCUCUAAUAUGGUCAUACAUUUGGCAGGAGGUUAGGAAGUGCAGCUCAGUUCCCACCUAAUUUUGUGGUCAGUGUGCACAUAGCAUGUCUUCUCUUGAGAGCCAGGUCUGCCUACGGCGGCCUCUCUCAAUACAAGGCUAUCCUCACUGAGUCUGAACAUAGUCAAAGCUUUCAGGUAUUUCAGGUAUUUGGUUGGGUCUAAUUGUGUUGCUGUCCUGGGGCUCUGUGGGGUCUGUUUGUGUUUGUGAACAGAGCCCCAGGACCAGCUUGCUUAGGGGACUCAUCUCUCUGUAGGUGAUGGCUUUGUCAUGGAAGGUUUGGGAAUCGCUUCCUUUUAGGUGGUUGUAGAAUGUAACGGCUCUCUUCUGGAUUUUGAUAAUAAGUGGGUAUUGGCCUAAUUCUGCUCUGCAUGCAUUAUUUGGUGUUUUGCGUUGUACACUGAGGAUAUUUUUGCUGAAUUCUGCAUGUAGAGUCUCAAUUUGGUGUUUUUAGGAAUUAUUGGUUGGUGAGUGGACCCCAGACCUCAAUACCAUAAAGGGCAAUGAUUCAAGUAUUUUUAGCCAGAUCCUAAUUGGUAUGUCGAAUUUUAUGUUCCUUUUGAUUGCGUAGAAGGCCCUUGCCUUGUCUCUCAGAUCGUUCACAGCUUUGUGGAAGUUACCUGUGGCGCUGAUAUCUCUCUCUCCCUCUCCCUCUCCCUCUCUCUCUCUCUCUCUCUCUCUCUCUCUCUCUCUCUCUCUCUCUGCUGUCCAGUGGGGGCCAUCAGUCUCCUGUGGAGAUGGGUGGGAAGUCCAUGUCAUCUCACGGCAGCUCCUGCAGCAGCUCCCAGUCAGGUCUGUGUCCUUGUGUCCUCCACAAUUACUCACUCACUUCACCUCUCACUCUUUCUCUCUCUCUCUCUCCCCUUAAACCACUCACUAGAGAUGGGUUUCUUUCUUUCAACACAUCAAUUCAUAGUAGAUCCAUCAGCUGCAUAGUGUUACUACAAGGUGAGCUACAGCCUGUGUGAAAGCAUUGGGUGUUUCCAAAUCAGACUAUAACCACAAUACACAGGAAAUAUCUCACUGGAACUUAACAUCCUGUCAGAGUUGUUCCCCCCCCAUGAGUUGAAAGUGGUUGAAAGUGAAACUCUGAACCGUGCACCGGGCCACUGGCUUACUGUUUGGCUUUGGAACAGAAAAAUAGUUUAAAGUUUGACCUCGUUUUUUUGUCUUUAGGAAAGACCUAAAAGGCUUCUAACAUUGUCUGUAGUAGUGGUAGCAUUGGCCUGUGCUCUGUUUGUUGAGUAGCGCAGUGUGUUUUGGGGUGUGUGGGUGAGCAACAGGGCCUGUGGUAGAAUGGGUGUGGGGAAAACCAAUUAAUUAACUACUAACAAUUAAUGGGUAGACAGACUCUCAAAAUAAAAGCCUUUUGGAUGGCGAAAGAAAGAAAGAAAGAAAGAAAGACUGGGUAAUAUGUUCAUAGAUCCCCUUUUUCACCAGUCAUCGUCAGUUUUAAGAAAGCAGUUCAGGAGCCUCCCACACAAUAUGGUAAAUAAAUGUGCUAACGUGUUUGUUUAAAUGACAAAGGAAUCAUAUACUGUACAUGAAGAGGGAGCAAUAGCUCAAAUAGAGUAGUAGUAAUGAUACAUUUUUAUAGUGCUUUUCCAAGUCCUUUACAAGGGCUUUACAUUGUAGCAUUCAGGCAGUAAGCCAGAGGAAAAACAAGGAAUACCAUACAAUGUAUCAUCAUGCCUUAGUCCUUAUCUAGACUUGUUCAUCAUACUAGCAGAGCAUACUGAGCAUACAUAGUUUGAGGAAAGAUCACAUAAUGAGACACCAAAGCUAUCUAGAGGAUCUGUAUGGCUCUGGUAAUAUUUAAAGAGAGUGGACAACAUAAUGAAAUGUGAGAUAGAGAUUUUCCUUUGACUCUUUCAGGUUACUUCAAGCUGGAGAGCCCGAUGCUGCAGAGCCGUCUUCAACAGUACAAGAAAUCUCAGGAGACUUCUCCAGGAGCCCUGCUGCAGCAACAUGUAUGUAUAAUAUCUAUUAGGGUUGGGCUAUAUUACGGAAGCAUCGUCUAUCGACAAUGAUUGACAGCCGUCGUCGAUGGUUUAGCCUAUUUGAACUUGCAUGGCACCGUGCAGGAAAGAACGUAGUCGGACAGCGCACAGUAGGGCAGCACACGAGUGACAUUCUGAGUAAUUUGCCUAUUCCUAUUUGCUCUAGCAAUGUAGCGGCAGGUAGCUUAGUGGUUAAGAGCGUUGUGCCAGUAACCAAAAGGUCGCUGGUUCUAAUCCCUGAGCCGACUAGGUGAAAAAUCUGUCGAUGUGCCCUUGAGCAAGGCACUUAACCCCAAUUGCUCCUGUAAGUCGCUCUGGAUAAGAGCGUCUGCUAAAUGACUAAAAUGUAAAUGUAAUACAGAACGCAAGAGAGGAAAGUAGGCUAGACAGAGCGGAGAGAGAUUUCCAACCAUAUUGUGUCUCUCUCUCAUGUCGGAUGCAUGGGCCUUAUAGCCUAAACCAUUUUUUUUAAAUAACGGACACUCCUUAACUAUCUUAUGUCUAGCUGUUUAAAAAAAUGUAGGCUAUAUUCCCUUCUCUCUCCAUACGAUAUGAAUACUACUUUGGGCAAGACUACGCUUUCAUUGUUUUAUGCAUGCAUGGCUUUCUCCCGAUCAAACAAUGAAUGAAUCUAAUGGACUUCCAUCUCCAAAAUGUAUUUGAAUAGCCUAAAAACGUAAGGUAACCAGGGGACUAAUAAUAAGAGAGAACAAACUAUAUCAAUUGCCUAUAGUAAAAUAAAGUUUAAGCUUAUUAGGAAAUAAAUUAUCUGUGCGGGCCGGAAGAAUCCCCCCAUGCAAGCAUGGCCGCAGGAUGUAGUUUGGGGGUGGGGGUGCUGCAAAUGUUGUAUUUUUUUGUAUUCACAUUUUUCAGGGGGCGCUACAGCACCCUCAACACCCCUACUUCCCACGGCUAUGCAUGUAAGGUUGAAAACAAAAUGGCCAAUAACCUAUCCUCCUACUUGGCUUAUCAUAAGUUAAAGUUAUGAACAGUAUCCUAUUUCCAAAUAUUCUAAUAGCCUUAGAAGGAGUUGUCCUAAAGUUGCGGCUUUCAAAAAGAACAAGAAUGAAAGUCGGAAUCUAUAGGCCUAGGCAUACACCAAUCACAGCUUUAUGAGAGAGAGAACAAACCAUAGGUGUAUUAAGAAAGGAGGAUGGUGCAAAUAACAUUAUUACCCAGUUCUGAAGACUUUGCUUCUAUCCAGCCCCAUGAUUUAUAACCUAACUCAUUACGGUAUAGACUGUCACACCAUCGUGUGCGCCCCACACAGACACACGCACACACACCUGACCUGGCCUUGCUGAAGCACCGUCCGAAAUAUUAGAAAAUAUUUGCCUCCACUUAGCUUCUGCCCAGGCUUUCAACAAGAUUAUCUUUCAUCACGUUGUAGCAUGCAAGUUUGUUUGAAUUAACUUUUCCAAUAACACAUUUCGGGUUGGCCAAUAGGGGGCGAUACCAUCGUAUAUCACAAUGUUUUAUGAGUAUAUCAUCAAGAUAGGACAAAGCUUGACAUCGCCCAACCCUAGUAUCUAUAUAUAAUAAUAUAUGCCAUUUAGUAGACACUUUUUUCCCAAAGUGACAGUCAUGCGUGCAAACAUAUUUGUGGUCCAUUGGGAAUCGAACCCACAAUCCUAGCAUUGCAAGCAACAUGUUCUACCAACUAAGCCACAGAGGACCACAUCUGGCACUAUCCCCAUCUAGAACACUAUUUUACACUACAUAUUUUACAUCCGUUAUUUUACUCAACUAACUUUACUAACCCUAACCCUAACCCUAACCCACAUUAGAUUUAUAAUGUCGUUUUCAGCCAGGAUUAUCAGAACUGUUGCAGUGGGACAAGUUGUUAUUUUCUUUUUUGGCUCCCAUUGCCCUGUGGUUGUGGAAAAUAUCUGCAUUUGUAACACAUUAAAACUUGGACGUCAAGCUUGAAGGUCAUUGUGUUGGUCUCAUCUUGGCGUUCGUCAGAUGUUCGUUACUGUUGUUUGUGACCGUCUGUUUAAAAAAGAAAAUGUAAGAGACUGAUGAAUCCGAUUACCUCUGGAUUUGAAUUUGGAGAAUCUAUCUGACCGUCUCACAUCUGCGUUUGCUUUUAUCAAAACAAAGAAUGCUGGAAUUCCUCCUCAUCGACUCAUCUAUAUAGAUAGUCUCAUCUAAAUAGUGUAUCAUUCCUGCUUAUCCGUUCUAGACCAAAUAGUGCAUCUUAUGACUAGGCCUAUUGAUUUGAGGUCAGAGGUAUGUCAUUCCGAGAAGUAACACCAGUUAAGAUUCCAGUCAUUCCGACGGGAGCAGAGGACAAGGCAGCAGAUGGGGAUCCUGUCCUGUCCUGUCUCUGAUUCCCUCCAGAGGACACACAGUGUCCUUGUGUUUUAUUCAAUAGCAUUCAGCUGUUUGUCAUCUUCUUGUGACAAUUAUUCCUAUACUCGAUUAGCAUUAGCAGUUCUGUAUUAUUGCAUAACCGUGUCUGUCUGUCUCAGGAAUCCUGAUGUCUGGUGUUCUAUCUCGUAUGUUAUUCACUGUGUUUCUCUCUCAGGGUUUCGGCCAGUUAUCUGGGCUUAAGUCCAAUCUCAGUCCGUUUGUCAAGGCAACAGAGUACUCCUCUUCCAGUGAUGAAGUCGGGAGUAGUGAUGAUGAGGAGAAAACCAGGUGGGUUCACAUAGGCCUGUGGCGGUUAUGACAUUUUGUCAGCCGGUAACUGUCAUGCACAUAACUGCUGGUCUCACGCUAAUUGACCGUUAAUUAACAUCUCCAGGCUUCCACGCAUGGCCUACAAGCCACUGAUGCGGACCUUUGGAACAUCUACAUUUUAAAAAGUCUAAAAAAUCAAUUUAAUAUAGCCUACACCAAAUAAACAUUAUGAUAUGAAGAAUAUGUAGACUAUUUCAGAAGAACAGAAUAGCAUAUUCUGAGUCAUCCUUAUGUUAGGCCCUGAUCUGGCUAUGCCAUACACUAGUUCAUUUGCAGACAAGAUUUGCUUAUAAUUCCCGUGGCAUUAAUUUAUAGUAUUUUAUAGUAUGAAGAAUACAAUUGAACAUAGCUGAAUAAAAUAGAAAGGAUAUUUUUCCCAAACGAUUUCUGAGGGAGUGCGCAGACAUGCGGCUAUUCUGUGUUGGGCAGUUAACAAAGUAAUCAUUUGAAACAGGUCCUCCUAUAUGCUUUAUUUAGAGUUAUUUGUGCAACUUAAGUUGUGAUACAAACCUUAGGCUAUAUAUUUUGAGUUCUAAUACAUUCUAAGGCUGCAUGACGCGACUAAUGAUGAUUUGAAAAAAGUUGCAUGAAAGGCAUGCGCUCUGCUCUGUUUCUUGCGUAGGCUGCGCACACUUCAUCAGUCUCUCAUUCACAAUUUGACAAGCACUUUAUAAUAUUCUCACCCAUCAGACUAUUCUCUAUUUAAUCUGGUCUUUACAUAUAUGCUAAAUAAUAUAUGUGUAAAAUGAGUUUUGAUUUAGAAUGGGCCAUUAUCAUGCACCUGUCGGAACAGGGGCAGGGGAAAAAACAUGCCACCGUAUGUACUUACAUAGCGAAUGGAGGACACUUUUGCGGUUCAUGCCAGCCAGGUAGGCUACACCAGUUGUAAAGCGAAGCAAUGUGCUUAAUAUUAGGAAAGUUGAAAAAGAAAUAUAGUAAGCCUAUAGAAAGCUAAUGGGAUCAUCCUCUUUUUAAUAGAAUGUCCAAACUCUGAAUGCCCGGGUUCUCAUGAAGUGUUUGAUUUGAUUUUUGAUUGCAUUUGCAUUGAUGUCAGAGUGAUUAUAGAAACAAUAGAGCCAUUAGCACAUUUGGUAGGCUACUAUUGCCCAUCAGCGGCAUCAGAGCGCAGUUUUGGAGAAGCCUAGUUACUCAACGGUCACGUGGAAUUUGACUGCGGUCAUGACUCGUGACUGCCGGUGUGGCGUUAAUAAAGUCACCAUAACAGCCCUAGGUUCACAUUGAUUGAUUGAUUGAUCGAUUUAUUGAUUGAUUUUGAUAAUUUAAAAAUACUUAUAUAGCCAAAAACAAGCAGUAUACAGUAAAACCUCACUAGCUGGUUCAAAUCCCUGAGCCAACUAGGUGAAAAAUCUGGGUAUGUGCCCUUGAGCAAGGCACUUGACGGUAAUUGCUCCUGUCAAUCGCUCUGGAUAAGAGCAUCUGAUAAAAUGUUAAAAAACGGAUUAAGGUUGAAUAAAAUGUUGCAUGAGCCUCCUCUCUCUGACUGCUGUUGUAUGUGUUUGUCCAGGUCUCCGUUGAGUAAUGGGAAGGGCAAGUUCUUCCGAGGAGCCCCUGAUGGGAUUGUCCUGCAGCCCCAUCAUAAUCUCAACCAGACCCCGGUAUACAUACACACAAAACCUCAUCCAUACAGUACCACCUCUGGAACAUUUUAGAGUGUAAAAGUACACUCACUUAUUAGCUUUGAGAGCUUAGCUUCUCUCAGUGUAAUGGAUAUUUAUUCUGCACUUGAUGAAAACUCAUAACAAAUAUGUUUCAAACUCUUAAAAUUGACUUCAGGUUCGAACGGGAUGAUGGUCCAUGCUUUCCAUGGAUAUUAUAGUCAGAUAACAGAUGAUGGUGUCCAUUGUCUUCAGGUUCAUACCACAGAGUCAGCUUCAUUAAAUCAGUGUAAUAGGUUGCUUAACAUGGCUUCCCUGAACUGCUGAUUUGGAAAUUGGGUCAUAGUCAGACUUGUUGUAACAGUGCAGAUGCAGCCAGCCACAUUUCCAGUGUGAAAUCUCAUUACUUACUCACACAGGCAGCAGCAUUCAUUGACCCAAAUGGCACCCUACUCCCUGGCCUAUAAAGUGCACUACUUUUGACCAGAGUGUACUAUAUAGGGAAUAGGGUGCCAUUUGGGACUCAGGCCAUAGCCACUUGAGCUCAGCCGUGUCCCCGGUCCUGUCUGAGUCAUUUGCAUGACAAACACUAGAGGGCACUUUCUGCAUACUAACUAAAACAUGGAGCAGAGCAGGGCCCACUGAUGCUGCUCUCACACAGGCCCCUCAGAGCCUCCUCCACCUCCAGUGAUGAAAGCAAUGCCACUUGGCAUGGUGUAAGCAGGGCCUGAUAUCCUUGUUUAACUAGCCCACUUAAAGAAAACACUCAUUGGAGACUUAGUGUCAUGAAAACCUAAACAAUGCCUUCAUGCCAUAAGACAGCGUUAGCAUUGGCGUGUGUGUGUAGAUGCCUCUGCCUGUUCCUCCACACAGUGUUGUUGUGACACAGUGAAUACAGCGUUACAUGACAGACAGGCAAGCAGGAGUAACGAGGCAUUAUGCUGCUGUUCUGCGGUGUGUCUCUUCUCUAAGCAGAGCAGCGUGGCAUCAGGCCUUAAGAGUGGCCAGCUGCUACACAGGCCCAUAGCUGUAGGAUCAGAAUGCAAUGAGAAUGACCUUCUCCCUGAUCUCCUGCAGAAGAGCCCGGCCCAUGAGCCCCUGCAGCAGCACGGUCUGAAUGACGUCAUCUUCCCCCAGUCUCCAACCGGACGAGGACCGCACUUUGAUGUGAGUUCUCUAGAAGUCAUAAAAUGUUUAAAGUCCCAGUGCAGUCAAAAUUCUGUUUUUCCUGUGUUUUGUACAACAGCUGAUGAAACUAACACUGUAAAAGUGUGAAAAAAUGUGAUCAGUGUUAUUUCCUGAUAGUUGCUGGUUGAAAAUACAAUCUACAUAGGACGUUCUAAUCAGCCUGUUUGCAUGGGCGGGAGUUUCGGUUUGCCUAGUAGCAUCACCAGGCGGUACAUUGGUUAAUAGACCAAUAACAAAGAGAGUUCCAAACCUCUCUGCCAAUAACAGCUAGUUUUAUGUUUUCCCCUCCCCACUCAAGACCACUCCCAGACAGUCCUAGCAAAAUUCUUGCUUGUGAAUUUUAUUCAUGCUAAAAAGCAAUUUUUGUCAAUUUUAAUGGAAAACUAUUACAGUAAUAUACAUAAUUGUUACCCAGAAAUGAUUUGAUAUUGAUAAAUGGGCCUUUAAGAAUAUGGGCCUUUAAGAGUAAUACUUUAUAGAGUGCAGUGGUUUGGAUCACUGAAUUUGUAUUUGAUGUGAGUUUAUCUUCCUCCACUAGGGGGAGAUGAAGUAGCUGUUUUAGACUUGCACUCCCCCUUCCAUCUCAAGAUUGAUAUCAAGCCUACUGGAAGUCUUUGAUUUAUUGUUGUUGAUGUUGUUUAAUUUAUAUGAAUUAUGAUUUUGGAUGCAUUUGCAGAAGCCUGUAAACAGUCCUCCAGGGAAAAGCAUCUCGUCCUCCUCCUCCUCCUUCACUCCCUUCAUCGACCCCAGGCUGCUGCAGAUCUCUCCCCCUCAGAGCCCAGUGGGCUACAGUCCCAGUGAGUGCAAACAUACACACACACAUACAUAUGCACACAUUUUGUAUAAAUACACACAUACACACACACAUACACACUAUGCUACGUAGGAAAUGCCCCAUAGACAUUCUAGCACUGCAGUAAAUCACUGCAUGCUAGGGUGGUCUCUAAACAGCAUGCUUUGGUCUAUAAAAAGGACUAUCUUAUCAUAAAUCUCAUUCGAUCUAUGUUUAUAUAUUAGUGUAUUGUAAAAUAAGAAGGGACAGAGGGGAGGGAUUCUCUCACAUAUGUUUUUUCUCCUGUACAUGUUUACAGAAAUUAACAUAGAAUCAGAUGCCUGACAUCAAAAUGACAUCCCAUGGUUGUGAAUAAGAGUAUUGGUUGUGCUUUUCCCCUCCAGCGAGUGGCCAGCCGCCUGCUAAUCAGGAGCCAAUCAGGAGAGAGGGGCACAGGAAGGGCUCCGUGGUUAACGUGAACCCCACCAACAUCAGACCCCAGAGCGACACCCCCGAGAUCCGCAAGUACAAGAAGAAGUUCAACACCGAGAUCCUCUGUGCUGGCCUGUGGGGUAAGCAACAGUUAAUAAACACUCAACCCCUUAUCCCCUAGAAAGGCACCUUUAUAAUAACAUUGAUCUGACAGGAUUGGAUAGGUAUUACUGAGAUAUGGUAAUAGCUCUACCUUACAGUGGUUCCCAACCUUUUUUGAACCGUGACAUGCCACACCAAAAAUGGCCAUAUUAAUUUAUUUAGUGGUAAUGACAUCCAUCUCAUCUGAUCCAUACAGAAAAUAAUAUAUUUCCAUGUGUAGCAAGUGAAGUGGAAGAUGUCAAAACAAUGCAAAAUGGAAUAAAAAUUUAGGAAUUAAGUUAGCUAAAUGAAAGGAGUAAGCUACAAUGAUCAACCAACAGGUAGACGUUGUUUCAUAUUAAUGGAGUUGUUGUAGACGAGGACGCAACAAAAUAGCCUCAAUUAGCCUUGCCACUAUAGCUAGCUAGCUGGCUAACCUAGCUGGCUACUGUAGCUAGCUAACUUAUUUACAACGAUUUGAUGCAGUCAAUAUAGGAACUACCAGAUGGUAUGAUAGAUAACCUAUGGCAGCAACAAGUUUGUCUAAUUAGCAUGAGUCGGUUUGGCUAUAUUCUCUCACUCUCUCUCCCUCCCUCCAUGCCACACACAUAGACUGUCUCACACACCGGCCUCUGCUCCUCUCUCGCCCCUCCCCCACCAUUCUGCUUAAACAAGCAGAGCGCAGUGCACCGGCUCUCUCUCGAGUCGCGCAAACAAGAUUCCAUUCAAGUUAAAUACAUUUUAAAAUGUAAACAUGUAUUUCGACUAUCCGGAUAUCCGAAGAAUUGUCAUUAUAUUUUUUAAAAUAGUGAAAUCAUUUCAAAUGCCCAUCCCUAGUUUGCUGCUGAGGCUUUUGAUGUUGAGGCCUAACGCAGUGGUAUGGUGUGUUGGUCCAGGUGUGAACCUGCUGGUGGGGACAGAGAAUGGUCUGUGGCUGCUGGACAGGAGCGGUCAGGGGAAGGUCUACUCUCUGAUCAGCAGGAGACGCUUCCAACAGAUGGACGUUCUGGAGGGCCUCAACGUGCUCAUCACCAUCUCAGGUAGUUACACUAGUUACAGUAGAGCCAGUAUAUACAGUACAUCUGUCACACACACACAGAUAAACAUACACACACAGAGAUAGGCACACGCACCCACACACACAGAAAUAGUCAGUCUUGGAAUGUUUUUUGCACCUACUUUUGCAGCCAAUUCUCUCGUCCUCUAAACCCCAUCACUGUCCCCUGUCUGUCAGGUAAGAAGAACAAGCUGAGGUUGUACUACCUGUCGUGGCUACGGAACAAGAUCCUAAGGAACGACCCAGAGGUGGAGAAGAGACAGGGCUGGACCUCAGUAGGAGACCUGGAAGGAUGUGUGCACUACAAAGUCGGUGAGUAUACACUACCUGGCCUUAGAUCAUGAUAGUGUUAACGAAACCAAUAACUAGCUUACGGAUAUUGUUGCACUCACUUUGUCUAGGGGUCCUAGGCCUAGUUACAUGGUGUGUAACCUGAAUGAAUGUGUGCAUUUAUGUGAGAAAUCAGCAAAUGCACCUAGGUGUUGAAUGUACAUGUGCCCAGGGAGACCGCAACCUUACCUUGAUCCAGGGCCAGCUCUGUCUCUCUUGACCUCUUGGUCAGCCAGUCCAAGCGGAUUCUCAUUUGUUCAGAUGCUGACGAAACAUAAAUAUGUACAAAAAGGAAAAAUACCAAAGGCAAAAACUAAAGACUCAAAAACAAACGAAAGGCCUCAUGGCCACCAAACAAAACCAGCGGGCUCACGGCUUGCAAGAUGGGACACUGACUGACUAUCCCCUUAAUUGGCUGAACCUGAUGUGCUUAUCAAGCCUUGGAUCAGAAUCUAGACCCGGUUGCUGCUACCUGGGGGAUAGAGUGUGGAAGUGUAUCCUGGAUAGUGUGUUUGUCAAUGUCCUAACACUAACCUUCCCCCCCAUAUCAUAACGAUAGCAUCACGACUGAUGUGUUGGAUCAGUCUUACAUUGUAUUGCAUGACAGGCCUAUAUGAGCGUACUGUAGACACAUCACUGCUUAUCAAAGGUUUUUGUGUUGUGGUAUACAGAAAGCAAUGAGUAUAAUUCAAGCAAAAAACUGAUUUCAAGAUGAUUUGAUCUAUUCUCUGAGUAUCUGAAUCCAUUUGAGCACAAUAGGUCAGUGUGUGAGAGUGUGGGUGCAUGUGAACUGGAUGUGAGGGAGUGAUUGUGUGUAGUGCUGAGCUCAGGAGAUGUGAGCCUCUAUUUUCUGUGACUCUUCCUGAGGUUAGUAAGAGUGUUGACAGAGUGAGGACAGCUCAGGGACUCCAACCAAGGAAGGAUGUGAUGUCAUAGUGAGGCACACACUGUCCUUCCCAACACUCCCCUCAGUAUUGUUUCUCAUAAUCAGAGGCAUGCUGCUAUUGUCUCAUUGAAAGGCAAAUUGUCUUCCUGCCUUUCAAAACGUAGUUUACACAAGGGUUCCAUCCUAAAUGGCACCAUAUUCCUUAUAUCGGCCCUGGUCAAAAGUAAUGCACUAAAUAAGGAAUAGGGCGUAAUUUGGGGCACAACCAAAAACCUCUUUGUUGAGAUUGUUUAGUGAUAAUUAGUUCAAGACCACUGACACGUAAGUAUUACAGACUGAUGUAGUUUAUCUUGUUCUGUUUCCAUUAUGAGAGAAAUCCCUAAUCCUAAUUGAAAUCUCUGCUUUUUCGUUACAUGCAAUUUCAGUUCGAUAUGAGAAGAUUAAGUUCCUGGUGAUUGCCUUGAAGAAUGCUGUGGAGGUGUAUGCAUGGGCCCCCAAGCCUUACCACAAGUUCAUGGCUUUCAAGGUGAGAGUCACAUCAAAUAUGUAUGGAGGAAAAUUAACACAUCCACAUGAAGAGAGUGGUCAGAUAUUAUAUUAUUAAUGGUGCAUCACUACAAGACUACUUUCCACUACAAGACCAUGGUGCUUACCUACGGAACAGCAAGAGGAACUUGCUAUGCUCAAACCCUACACCCCAACCCGAGCACUCCGUUCUGCCACCUCAGGUCUCUUGGCCUUCCCACCCCUACGGGAGGGCAGCUCCCGCUCAGCCCAGUCCGAGCUCUUCUCUGUCCUGGUACCCCAAUGGUGGAACCAGCCUCCCCUUACUAAAAUUUAAAAAUUUAAAAUGUCAACACAAACUUCCACUUGUCUUCUGAUAUUCUCUAUGGCGAUGUCCUUUCAUUGUAUCCUGGUUGCCUGGGUGCCACUCCUUAUGGAAUUGUCAUGACAAUGUUUGGCUUGGAGUAGGAAUAAGCACAAACGGAUCUGGGACCGGGCUACUUUCGUUGUGAAUCUAGAACGCUCUAAUGAUAGACAAAGAGAAUAUGAAAUGCUAUUAAGGUCACCUUGAAAACACUGUCCUAGUUCUGAACUCUCUUCAGUGGCUUGCCCUACUUCUUACACAUCUUUCUGGAAUGAUCUGUUUGAAUUAUUUCUACUCACUCCACAAAAACCAUGAAAGAUAUGAACUAGACUAACCUGGGUGGUCACUAUGUGUUAGCUCCUAGUGUCAUGGGUUAGCUCCUAGUGUUAGCUCCUGAGUGUACAAAACAUUAGGAACACCUGCUCUUUCGAUGACACAGACUGACCAGGUUAAUCCAUGUGAAAGCUAUGAUCCCAUAUUGAUGUCACUUGUUAAAUCCACUUCAAUCAGUGUAGAUGAAGGGUAGGAGACAUGGUGCCAGGCGCACCGGUUUGAUUGUGUCAAGAAUUGCAACGCUGGGUUUUUCAUGCGCAACAGUUUCCCGUUUGUAUCAAGAAUGGUCCACCACCCUAAGGACAUCCAGCCAACUUGACACAACUGUGGGAAGCAUUGGAGUCAACAUGGGCCAGCAUCCCUGUGGUACGCUUUCGACACCUUGUAGAGUCCAUGCCCCGAUGAAUUGAGGCUGUUCUGAGGGCAAAAGUUCCUAAUGUUUUGUACACUCAGUGUGUGUCUUGACCAGGAAAAACUAUUGGUCCCAGUUAUACUGUAUACCAGGGUUCUUCAAUUCCGGUCCUGGAGGGCCGAAACACUUCUGUUUUUUAUUUCUACCUGGUAGUUAAUUGCACUCACCUGGUGUCCCAGGUCUGAAUUAGCUCCUGAUUAGAAGGAGAGGAUGAAAAACAGAGGUGUUUCGGCCCUCCAGGACCGGAAUUGAAGAACCCUGCUGUAUACUAUAUAUAUAGUUAUACUGUAUACUCUUCCGAAGUCAUUCCUAAUGUCUGUCCUUGUUGUGUGUAUCCAGUCGUUCGGCUCGCUCCCCCAGAGGCCUCUGUCUGUGGACCUGACGGUGGAGGAUGGACAGAGACUCAAGGUCAUCUACGGCUCCCUGUCGGGCUUCCACGCCAUCGACGUGGACUCGGGGACACCCUACGACCUCUACUUGCCAACACACGUGAGUCCUCCACCCCCCACUCAACCUCAACCCCAGCCUCCUCUAAACUCUCCCACACCCCCUCCACCCUCUCCCUACCCCAGCCUUCUCUCUCCCCCUCAGGGCCAUGCAGCCUGGAUCUCUGGGUCUCUGCCAGACCUCCAUCCUCCAGUUUCUGUGUCUCUGUUCUCUAGCGGCUAAGCAGCGCCUCUCCUCUGCACCCACGCCACUCAGCGUGAUCUUUUGUUCUGACUCAGAUUUGACGUGGGUAGAAGCUGUUUGCCACCACAGCCAGUUGACUAAUUGCGGUUGAUAUAGUAUAAUAUCGACUGGAUGGGUUUGUGUUUAAGCCAGGCCUGCUACUGUCAGCAUCUGACCUUGUGGCACUUGUCUUUGGAGCGGCAUGUAGCCUAGUGGUUAAGAGCGUUGGGCCAUUAACUGAAAGUCGCUCUGGAUAGGAGCAUCUGCUAAAUGACUAAAAUGUCAAAUGUAAAUGGAUUUCUCGAAAAGCCCCUCGUAGAAAUUCUGCUCUGUCACAGUAUAAGCUCAAACAUCACUUACCUCAGAGCAAAGGAGAUACAGUGCAUUUAGGGAGCUUUUCCUCUCGGGAGCAAACAGAUUUACUGAAAAAUAACUAAAGCAUCAGUCCAGUAAUCUACCUCGGUCACAACAGUUGCCUGAAGAUACAGGGAAGUCAGACUUGAUCAGUUAUCAGUUCAUCUCAGUGGUAGCUGUGUUUGGCUGACUACCAGGAAGUGAAUGAGGCUGAGAAUGACUGAGUAGCCAGCUGAACCAAGUGAUGGAUAUUGUGUUAGUUAGAACCUCUAACCCCUCUAUGAGGCUCAAGGUGUAGCAGGGCGGAAUGGUGCAGAGGUGCAGAUUGUUGCACUCUUAGUCACUGUGGACAGGGGCGCCGAGGCAGCCUCUACUCCUACUGAUGAGAAUCCCACACACCCACACAAUGCUGCAGAGAGCUGCUGGGAGCUGAGAGCCAGAGCAGAGGAAAAACAUUCUCCGAAGGAAAUGAGCUAUAUUACACACUCACGCACACACACACACACACACACACACACACACACACACACACUGUACCACCUCCCAGUGCUGUGGCUCUAUCCCACUUCUCCCACUGCUGGCCCACAUAGCUAUCAUUGGCUGCUUCUCUUUGGCCCCAGUCUCCAGCCAUGUGUGCUACUUUUCACCAGAUAGAUAGCUCUAAAAAUACCUUGGCAGCGCCGGCAAACCAUGUGCCUGCUAAAGUGACCUGUUAUUCUGCAAUUUUUUCUGAUAACACUGACAUAUUUAGAGAGCACUACCACGCACUCCAUAACACUGGUGCCUUAGUCUCUUACACUGCAGUGGAAGAGAAGAGUCCUUCUCUUUUACCCGAUCACUCGCUCUCACAUUCACUCUCAUAUUCACUCACUCUCACUGACACUCACUGGUCCGCUCAUUCUUUCCUUCACACACACACAACUUUUGUCCCACGUACAUUCUCCCUGCUGGCUGCUGUUGAUGAUGAGAUGAUAAGGAUACCGAGGCAGCGGAUUAAGAUAGCACUGCGUCUGUGGAUGCCAGUGUUGAUGCUGAGGAUUGUGGUGGCACAGCCACAGCAGCACGAGGACAGCGGGGGGCAGCUGGGGGGACAGGCUCUUGGCCGGGCAAGUAUGGGGAUCCUGUGGUGACUAACACUGGUCCUGUGGUAACUUACACUGGUCCUGUGGUAACUUACACUGGUCCUGUGGUGACUUACACUGGUCCUGUGGUGACUUACACUGGUCCUGUGGUGACUGUGACUUGCUGUACAUAGAGCUUUUGGGGUUGUUUGAGGUGUUGGUUUGUUUGGGGAUUUGGGGUUUGAGGUUAUACCUGCUGUUUAAGCUACUACUUUGUUAUAAUCUUCUUAUGCGAAGGGGUCUUUUUGGGUUAUUGUGGAUCUCUUGUGGUCUUAGAAAUGUUGUGUAUGUGAAUGUGUGAAUGUUGCAUCCUCAAACAGAUAACAGAGACUUAAAGACAGUCUCAUUGUUUGAAUGUUGGCUAUUAUGCAAGCGCUUAUGAGGGACCUGAGGGGGUCAGAAGUGGCUCCCUCCUCCACCUCGCUGCCACUUAUUCAACCCAAGAUGCUGUUCAGUGGUUAUAUUCAUAGGUUGCACCUCCGUCACUCGAUCGCGUCAUGCCAUUGUUAUGAACGUUCUCAAGCCGCCCUCUAUCAGCGGCGCCAUAGUGGUGCCCUAAAGUGGUGUUAAGCCCAGUCAUUCUGGACGAUGGCUAACUACUGUUUAGUCUAAAUUACACUAUAUUGCCAGGAAAUACGAUGACAUUGCUAAAGUAGUCAAAUAUUCUGUAGGAAACAACUUUGCCAGCAUUAUCAUGUCGUCAAAUCUACUUUAAACAGAUGGCAAUGUUGUCAUUAGAUAGCAAAGUUAGUCAAAAAUAGCUAGCAAUGCUAAUGUUAGCUAGCUAAAAUCCAGUGGCCUCCCCUCAAUCUUAGCUAGCUAGCUAACAUUAUACUGCAUUUAAAGUCAAUAUGGUGACAUCAAAAUGAGGACAAAAGGUUUUCCUACAAAUUAUUUGCCUCCUUUUGAAUGUCAUUGUAUUUUCAAGCCACUUUAAUUCACUUUUGAUGAAAUCUUCAUCAGCGCUCAUUGACGAUGCAUUGAGUAGCAUCAGGCAUCAGUCCAAAACGAAUGUUCAAAACAAUAUUGUGACGAAACAUGCAACCCAUGAAUAGCUCUGCAUCACAUCUCAGUGGAGCUCACCCAGCCAUAGCAACAACACUAAUUUGGGUACCUGAGUUGCAUCCCGAUGCCAGGAGAGAAAGAGCUGAUCACUGAGCAUCUUUGGCAAAUGAGUUUGUAAUUAGAGAAAUUAAGUGAAGACAUUGUAUGGCAAUUAAUUAGCUGAGACAGAAUCGAUUAAGCGUUGUCACCCUCUCUCUGUUGCCACCUGUAGUCAGUGACUCGGCUGAUUCAACAUGUUGUUUAGCCUCAGUUUACUGACUCUGAACCAGCCUCACAUCAAACAUAAUUAUUCCAGAUGGUUCCAGGGAGGGAGAGUGGGAGUGUGAGGGAGCAAUGAUACUUUGUUUUAUUAGUCAAUGUUAUCUGGUAGGCUUAGGCGAUAUACCGAAUAUAAUGUAUACUGGGGUAUUUAGACAUACCGACGAUUUAAUUUCAAUACCAGGGGCUGCAGGGGUGUGUGCUAUCCAAGAUGUGCCUAAUAAAUGAUAUCCAGCUCAGGACUCCAGAAUGCGUUUGGUUUGCUAACUUGCUAGCUCAGUGGCUAGAUGGCAAGAUCAAGCUACUUGGUUACAGCAAAGACAAUUAAUCCCCUCCUGGACCCGUUGUGUGCACUUCUGGUAAUACCCGGUAUGGUACAGAAAUAGUAUGACGGUAUGAAAAUCUGGAUACCGCCUAUUAGUUGUAUUGGUGUAUUGGGAGGAUUACCCCUGGUGAUGUGGAUGUAGCUGGGUGAGUACUGCUGUUGCUGGUAGAGAUGAUGAGGUUUGGAUUGAGAGUGCUGUGCUGUGCUGUGCUGUGCUGUGCUGCACUUCCCGUUGUCGUCAAAUAAAGUCAAGUCAAUUGUUAUUUUCCAACAGGGAAAUGUAGUUUGCAGACAGAAUAAUACCAUAUCACACUAUACUUGAGAGCGACACUAUAUUAAACAUAAUGGAUGUGUCUUAAAUGGCGCCUGUCAGACCCAUAGGGCUCUGGUCAAAACUAGUUCACUAUAUAGGGGAUACCAUGCCAUUUGAGACGUAACCCAUCUUAUCAUCAUCUCAUCUCAUCUGACUGUGUGUGUUUGUCUGUCUUAGAUUCAGGGUGUGAUCCGGCCCCAUGCCAUCAUCAUCCUACCUAACAGCAGUGGCAUGGAGGUUCUGGUGUGUUAUGAAGACGAGGGGGUCUACAUAGACACCUACGGACGCAUCACCAAGGAAACCGUGCUGCAGUGGGGAGAGAUGCCUGCAUCUGUCGGUGAGUUUCUGUACAUCGUACCCACCCACCAAAUCUGAAGGCUGUGUGUGCGUACGUGUGUGCGCAUGCUUUUUUCCGUAUCUCUUGAAAGACGGGGGAGAGAGAUAAAGAGAGAGAUUCCACCUCCACUCGGAUUGAAAAACUAGCGCUUAUAAUUAAUUCUAUAUUAAAAUGGAUAUAUUUGAUAGACCUGCAGACCCACAACGUUUUAAAAAUUGAACAUGUCUCUUGUGUUGGCCCUUUUUGAUAUGCAGCAGCCAAGAAAUAAACCUUAUUUAUUGUGCUUGGAUCACUGGAUUCAAAGAGGAGUUAAGCUGGAUCCAACCCCUCUAGACAGAUUUGGGACAGUGGCUCUAAAAAUAAGAUGUUCUGUUAGACUCAUUUAGUUGGGUCCCUUGGCCAGGUCAUUAUUCAAGGGGAAGGGGUGUCUGUGGGGAACAGACUCACAGACAGGACAGCGCUCAGCCCAGUCUGGACCUCAGUAUAUAGAGUGUAAAUAAACUCUGGGUGUAGGCUCUAAAGAGGAGAGUGUGGUAAAAGGGAACCUAUUGAUUUUCAUCUCUAGAUGCAUCUCAGGAUUGGUUUACAACAUGGCACUCACUGAGAGAGGCAGAAAGCCUUGGAGAGUCUAAAAGCCUGAGUGUGUACUCUAGUGACUAAGGCUGCAUCCCAAUGACACCUUAUUCCCUAUAUAGUGCACUACCUUUGACAAGACAACUAUGGCUCCUGGUCAAAAGUAGUAUAGGGAAUAAGGUGGCAUUUGGACCUCAAUCUAAGUCGCUGGUGUAUGUGUGUAUCUCCACAGCCUACCUGCAGUCCAACCAGGUGAUGGGCUGGGGAGACAAAGCCAUCGAGCUGAGGUCAGCUAACACAGGCAACCUUGAAGGAGUCUUCAUGCACAAGAAGGCCCAGAAACUCAAAUUCCUGUGUGAGAGGAAUGACAAGGUAAGACAACAUCCCAAUAUCACCAAAACACACCUUGGGCAAAGCUCACAUGACACCCUAUUCCUCCCAUAUCACAUAGGGCUUGGGUAGAUGCAGAAAAUGUGUCCUAGCCUACUGUAUGUUGUUCAUAGUAUUGUAGGUGUUGAAUAUUAUACUGGUAAGUUGUAAAUGUUUAACUGAUUCACCUAUCUUCUGUGUGAAGGUGUUCUUUGCCUCAGUGCAGUCUGGUGGCAGCAGCCAGAUCUACUUCAUGACACUGGGCCAAAACUCCCUGUUCAACUGGUGA